AGAAAAUCAUCACCAGAAUCUUCAGAGCAUCGAGUGUGUUCAAGAGCGAGAGGAAAAUGAAGUCUGCUGCAGUUUUUCUUGUGUUUGCCUGUCUACUUAUUGUUCAUGUACAAGGACAGGCCAAGAUCAGCGUAUCGAGGUGUUUGUGUCAGGGUCCUGCAGCUAACACAGUUCGUCUACAACGGAUUGCCAAGAUUGAAGUUUACCCUGCUAGUGCAUCUUGUGAAAAUGUGGAAAUCAUUGUCACUCUGAAGAACGGUGCAGGAAAAAAAUGCUUGAAUCCAAAAUCUGAAUUUACUCAGAAAUACAUCAAGACAGCGUUAGAAAAAAGGAGUGCAGAGUAAAGCGUGCACCGUGUCAUUACUGAACAGAAGUGGAAGAAGAGAGCACAGAGACAGCUUGAUUCAAACAUGUUGUAAAAAGUGUACAUAUGAUAUGUCUGAGGUUUAAUUUAUAAGAGUUACUUGUGUAUAUUGCUGGAUGUAUAUAGUUUUUGACAAAACAUGCAUUAUUCUUUAAAAUAUUGUGUUGUUUUGGUAUCCAAACCUCCUAAAUUAUAAUAAAAUCAGCACAUAACAGUGCUUAAAAACUACAGAAA